CCUUUUCAAUGCACAAACGGAAUCCCCACGCAGACGGAACCAGGCCUGCUAAGCGACUGCCUGACGUACUCAAUCAAUUGAAUGUUGAACCGUGGUUCGUGGCCGGUAACCAUUGUCUCGGUCACGUUCUCAUGGUUGUAAUCCCAUGGCAGUGACGUGUUCACAUCGCCAGGCUGGCACUAUGUACGGCCCACAACCUCAAGUUGUCCGACAUAUGGUCAAUCCGUGUAUGUCCAUGCUCUGUGGCGGGAUUUGAUCCCGGCGUACCGAGUUGAGGGACUUGAGACACUUGUUACUCGGAGUCUGCCCUCCCCAUCAAGCCGAGCUUUGGGAUUCUGUCAGACAUAUGGGGCCUGAGACGCAAAAACACCAUCCUUUGUAAGGUAUUUUUACGGAAUCAUUCCAUGCGAUGUUUCUACUACCGCCGCGUCCUUCUCUGCAGCAGGUUGUCCCUGCCGCUAUUCGCCAAUCCCCUUUGACGCAGGUAUGCGAAUUCUCCGAGAAGCAGCUGAACAAGUUCGUCGGCUUGAACGCGGGUUUGCUCUGCGGAAUGUGCUACGCGGAGUGCGAGCCCGAGCAACUGCGCGUCUGCUCUGACUUCAUGAGCUUCCUCUUCAACUCGACGACUGGAGUGACGAGCCUGGAAGAAGCGGUAAUGAACACCUUGAACCAUCCCGAGACCUACCAUUCCGACGCAGUCGCUGCUCGUACGGCCAAGUCAUGGUGGACACGAAUGCUGAAGACGGUCGGACCGAACUGUCGCACGCGGUUUGUCGAUACGCUGGGCUCUACUUCAAGGCCGGCAAACACGGUGCCGGAGCUAGAGGCGUAUAUCUCCCUGCGUCGCGACACCAGCGGCUGCAAGACAGGCUUUUCGCUGAUCGAGUACGCUGCUGGCAUCGACCUGCCGAACGAGGUCGUCGAGCACCCUGUCAUUCAGGGUCUUCUUGAUGCGACGAAUGACAGCGUCAGUUGGGCUAACGAUAUACUCUCUUAUAAUCGCGAGCAAUCACGCGGAGACUCGCAUAACCUGGUCUGCGCCGUUAUGGUGACCCUCGGUCUCGAGAGACAGGCGGCAAUCGACUACGCCGGCAACCUGUGCAGCAAGACCGUCGAACGGUUCCUCGAGGGGAAGGCGGCAUUGCCAUCCUGGGGACCCGAGAUCGACGCACAGGUCCAGACGUACGUCCAGGGCUUAGAGGACUGGAUCAUUGCAAACGCAGAGUGGAGCUUCAUGACCGAACGGUAUUUCGGGAAGGAUGGGCCGAAGAUACGGAAGAUUUUGCAAGUGACGCUCUUGCCUGUGAGAGGUUUCGACUAAGGGUUCAGUUUUCAUCGCAGGAGAUCGCUUUCGUCCUUAGUUGCUGUGUGCGUGCUAGCUCCGUUCUCCAAUCGCUGUCCUGCUCGCUAUCCUUAUGAUACUUUGUCCCGCGAUACACCAUGCUUUCAAGCGUAUUGUAUACACAGUGUAUAACCAGAUGUCCUGCAGCAGGCCAUACGUGGUCUCCACACACAGCCGUUCUUCCUGUAUUUUAUGUAAUACCAAAGCAGUCUCCCAGC